AUCUGUUUUACUCAGAUUUGAAAAACCCAAAAUUUCCACAAAAGUGAAGAAGAAAUAAAUUUGCGAGCAAAGAAAAAAUUGAAGCAUAGAAAAAUCGAUUAAAGGGGGACAGAUAGGAGGAAUACAUUCGCAAACCAAAAGACGAAACGAGUAAUUGGUUGGAACUGUUCAGAAUUGUGAUUCGUGAGCCCAUUUACAUAACUGAAAGGCCUGGCAUAACUGAAAAGAUUAUAUACCAUAAAUAAAAAAAAAAUGGCUGACUUAGAAUCCAGCUCUGUUUUACAGCAACCAUCCUCUGGUGCCAAUACUAUGAAUCUCAAUUCGAUUCCACUUUUAGCGUCCGCUGAGUUACUCAGCGAUAGCAAUAGUGCCCAAGUAAGUCUCCAGCAACAACAGCAGCAUUCACAGUCAGUUGCUAAUACCAUGGGUGGGGGAAAUGGUGGCGGUGCUGGUACCUCCUCCAAUUCGGGCAAUAAUUCGGGGUCUAUAGCAAUAGAAGUUUCACCUAGUGAAAAUUCCAGUUUACUCAAUAGUGGAGUGAUUGGUAGUGGUGUAAUAGGUGGUGGUAAUACUUCGGGUGUUGCUGGGGGUAAAAUGGACACUUGUGAGCCACCAGCUAAGAAAAAAAUGAUCGAUCAUCCGAGUACAUCUGCAGGUAUUGGGGAUACUGCAUUGUUACAGGAGAAACUCGAGCAACGUCUGGGAGGGAUUUUAUGUUGUGCUGUUUGCUUGGAUUUGCCGAAGACAGCCAUGUAUCAGUGUCAAAUGGGCCAUUUAAUGUGUGCCGCUUGUUUUACACAUUUACUCGCAGAUGGACGUUUACGUGAUCAAGUGGCCACUUGCCCCAAUUGUCGUGUGGAGAUUUCGAAAAGCACUGCAUCACGUAACUUAGCCGUAGAGAAAGCAGCAUCGGAGUUGCCCAGCGAAUGUCAGUAUUGCAACAAAGAAUUUCCUUACAAAUCAUUAGAACGUCAUGAAGAAUAUGAAUGUCAAGAACGGCCCACCAAUUGCAAAUAUUCAAGAAUUGGCUGCCAAUGGCGUGGACCGAACCAUGAAACUAAUGAGCACGAGCGCAACUGCUUGCAUCCCACAAAGUCUGGAUUUGAGGUUAUGGCUGCUUUGGAAGCAUAUGAUGCCAAGAUUAAAGAGGAAAAGAAAAUGUAUUUGACGUUAAUCGAUUUGCUGAGUUAUGAGAAGAUCAUAUUUAAUGAUUUACAAAUGAAGCCCUAUCGCACCGAUGAAUAUGUGCACAAAUUGUUUUAUGAAACAGCCAGAUUUACAGCAUUCAAUCAGCAAUGGGUGGUGAAGGCACGAAUUAAUAAUAGUCAACGUGAUCCACAUCAAUUCAAUGAACGUACCAUAACUUAUCAGCUCAUUUUGAAAACAAAAACCAGUACACCAAUGAGUAUUCACUUCUUUGCUUUGAAAGGACCAUUCUCUGAUAUGAAAGUGUCAACUCAAAUUUACAGACACGAAUUUACGGAACAAAGCAGCGAAAGUGACUAUUAUAUGCUGCCUUUGCCGGAUAGCUCCGAGUGCAACAGACUCUUAUCUAAUAAGGGAAUUAAUUUCCGACUUUUGAUGUUUUUGCUUAAUAAAUAAAUACAUUGAUUUAAUUAUAAUUGCAAGAGAAUGAUAUAUACACUUUAUAUAUACAUAUAUACAUUUUUUUCGAUUAAAACUUCAAUAAUUAUAUAUAGCUAUUAUUUACAUACAUACAUGCAUACUUUAUAAGCAGUUUAUAGUGUUAAAAGAUUGAAAUUUAAAAAAAAAAUAGUUAAAUUAAGUAGUGGGUAAAGAAAAUAUUUAUUAUUUAAGUGGGCACUGACCUUUUUAAGCUUAGUGUUGUGUUGUCUGCAGCUUAAUUUGUAUGCUUAUAUACGAGCAUGUUUCUAUCCGGUAUAUGAAAUAAUUUUUGUGUUGCUAAAAUGCUCGUUAAAACCAAACGGAUGAAUACAAAAGUUGAUCACAUACUUCUUCUUGCAUAGUACAUGGAAGUCGUCCAUUUAAUACAUGAGCUCUUGUGCAAACAAGGGAGUUGAAGACUCUUAUUAAGGAAAGCAAAAUUGGUGUUGAAGAGAGCUAAAAACACAGUUAAAUAAUAUUUAUUCACCUUCAAAUUUAAUAGGCCAUGCAAUCGGAAAAUAAUAGUUAAGUUCUAUAUGUAUAACUAAAAUAAUCUUAAUACUUUAAAAAUGUUAUUUUAAAUAUCCUUUCGUACAUUCAAAACGCUUCACAUUAUUUUGUAUUUUUUUUUUAAGAAAGUCUAUGUAUGUAUUACGUUUUCACUGUUAUACAAAUUUACAACACAAAAAUAUAUUAAGCACAAUUAUUGCUAUCAUUUAAUUAAAACAAAAGAUAAUAAUUGAGGAUAGAAUUUCAUAUGUGUAAGGAUCUCAAAUAUUUGCGAAAAUGUAAGGUAUAAAAUAUUUAAACCAGAAAUUAAGUAAACAAAUAAUGUAAACAAAAAAAUUAAUCUACAUAUUAACAUAAUUGGUGGCUAAAAAUAAUAGAAAUAAACAUUCAUUAAUAAUUUACAAACAUAUACGAAUACACAAAUGUUGUCUUAAUAUCGAAUACUAAUAUUCACAAUUUCAUCAUGGAUAGCAUCUAUAUACAUAAUAUAUGAGUACAUAGUACAUUGCUCAUCGUUCUGUACUGUUUGUACUCUGCACGCUAAUAAAUAGAUAUAAAUGAUUAAAUAUAUUACAUAUUAUUUUGUUUUGUAAUAUUUCUAUAAAACAAAAGAACACAGUAAGGAUAUCCGUGGCUACAAGUCACAUCACUGUAAGAGCCAACACCAUAUGAUAUGUUGUAUAUUGAAAAAAUGCACAUCGAACACCAAACCGUUAAUAAACAUAUGUAAUUUUCAUACCGUGCCCUCUA